AUGUUAAUUAUUGCCUUACAAUUUCGUCUGAUUGAAUUUUUUGAAAUUAAUUUAAAUAAUAAAAAUAAUAUUUUCUCCGAAAUUAAAAUAAAAUUAAAAGAAAAUGAUGGAAAUCAGACAGAGGAAUUUUCAAUUUUUGGUCGUCGAUUGGCUUUGGGAAGUGGAGAUUAUUUUUUGGAUAUUCACUAUGCUUUGGGAACACAAAGAUUUGAACAAGCAAAAUUAGCUCCAUUACCAAAAAACUUUUAUGCAAUUAAUUAUGGAAAUGGCUGUCCUAAUGGAUUUAUUCACACUCGAGCACUUCCCGAUUUAAAUUGGAAUCCCCCUCCUUUAGAAAUAAUUUCUUCAUCAGAACAAUGCCAUACAUUAAAUAUUUAUCGUUGUACUACUACAACAAAUAUUAAAAAUAAUUUGCCAAUUCUUGUUGUUAUUAAUGAGGGGAAUUGGUUAAAGAGAAGUAAUGCUAAUUUAGAACCAACUUCUAUUAUUAAUAAUUUUGCUUGUAAUAAAAAUAGUGAUAAUGGAAUUAUUGUUGUGUCAAUUAAUUAUAGAAUGGGAUUUUAUGGUAAAAAUAAAUACAUACCGUAUUUACUCGAUUAA